AUGGAAGAGGAAGGCAUAGGGUUAGUGCUGGCCAGGGCCACAGAACUUCGAUUGAAAAUCAGCAAUUGCAUCCACAGAGCCACUACCACCACCAAUGGCCCCUCGCCGCACGCCGACGACGACGACGACGCCACCGAACGGCUUCUCAAUAUUUGCGAUGCCCUUGAAGCCUUGGAGACCCAGCUUUCUUCCUUGCAGGUUCUGCAACAACAACAGCGAUAUGAAAGAGAAAUUGCCUUGGCUGAGAUUGAAAACAGUCGCAAAAUGUUAAUUGACAAGCUCAGGGAGUACAAAGGUAAGGAAUUGGAAGUGAUACAAGAAGCUUCCACUUUUGCUAGUGAAACAGUGGAGCCCAACAAUGAUCUACUACUUCCUCCAUAUCCUAGCCGCCCUCCAUACGCUGUGUCUAUGGACAAGGAAUAUCUCUCGCAGAUUCCUUCCGUGGUGAACAAGUCUGGUCGCAAUGGGUUAAUCGCUCACGAUCCACUGAUUGAGGCGAACAAGAAUCCCAGUGAAAAAGAGCAGAAUGAUGUUGAAAAAGAGGCUAAAAAUUCGAGAAAAGGAUUUGGAUUUUUUAUAACUUCUGUAGCCAAAACAAUGCUCACGGUAGUUGGCGUGGUAUCAAUAUUAAGUUUGUCUGGUUUUGGGCCUAAGUUAGGCGCCCGUUUCAGCGUGCAAGGCUGGCGUCACAGAGUAGAAGAUGUGGACAGAUCUACGACUAAAAGUGGGGAUGAGAGAUCAAGUCUUCAGUGUCCACCUGGGAGAAUUCUGGUGUGGGAAAAUGGGGAAGCUCGAUGCCUAGUAAAAGAGAGAGUUGAAAUUCCAUUUUCAGCUGUUGCUGCUACACCUGAUAUAAACUAUGGAUGUGGUUGA